UCACGAAAACCUUGCCAUGUACCGACUGAUCGACUGAUGUCGUCAAGACACAAACAUACGUACGACGCCCCAACCGACAGUCACAGAUAUUACUGAUAAACACUGAUAAAUACACUCGGCCCUCACUCACGAAACACACCCACACACACGGAUUCACACGACAGCACCAUCGUCGAUCACGCCAUCGCCCGGUAUGCGAAGUCCUUGGCCACCCGGCCUCCCCCAGGCACCUCCAGCCUGGCCUGGAAUGAAGGGGCAGAAUGUGUGGCCGGCUGCCUCUCGGGCAUAGUCGGCCGCGCGUGUGGCACCGGCCCUGACUGAGAGCCGCCCACUGUCAGCUGGACGCCGGCCGUAUCGCCUGUGGGUGGAUGCCGCCCCUGAGCCUCAGGAACGCCCCAGCCGACACUGUGGAUCGCAUCGAAGUGGCCCUUGUUGUACCUGGGAGAAUGUAGACAUGUCUGUGCACAAGUGUUCUUCUCUCUGUCUUCUCUCUUACCCCGCCAGAUAUCCGCCCACCAGACUGGUCACGACGGCCAGGCUGCUCAACGCCAGCCACCAUAUAUGCUGACGCACUCGCGCGUGCCGAUCUGCCGUCUGGUACCACCCCUGACCCUCACCGCCCUGCCCCUCUCCUUGUUCUUCUGGUUGUGGCUGCUGCUGGGGGGAAGGAGCAGCUGGUGGCUUCUCUGCUGGCUCGUGUCCAGUCGUUGUCUCAGGGGCGGGGAAGGUCAGAUGAGCGGUGCUGACGGAGCCCACUUGUGUGGGCGACGUGAGGAAGGGGAGGUCGUGUUGGAGGGACACCGGCACGCCGCUCCACGGCUGCACGAAAUGCGGCUUUGGAUCGAGAUUGACGCCGACCAUUUCCAGCCACCAAGGGGGCGGGUCUAGUGCAUCGUCGAAAGCAGUGUCAGGUGGCGACGCCAUGUUGCGAUAAUCGAAGCUGACGGCGGGGAGAACAGAACGGACACAACAGCACAGCAGUGAUGGUUUGCGUGUCUCUCUGUCUCUGCGUGUCUCUGUGCGAGUCCUCACCCGUCGAAGAACCUUGUGGUUAUCAGGUCAGCCAAGUUCCACCACUGGUGUGUGACGCCCUCCUGCAUGCCCCUCUGCCAGCCCUCCAGCCGCUCAGCAACCCCACCCACGUCACGUGGACAGCCAGCCACCAGUGGCCCCUUCACCCCCACCUCAUAGCCGCCCUUGUCCAUGCUCACCAGCACCGACUCACCGUCCUCACCCUUGCCCCCUGCAGGUGUGUGUCGCAAUGCCUUGUCAAUGGCAGCCGCCUCAUCGAUGGCAUGGAUGUCCCCAUUGUCAGCAGCGGCGUCAGACGGGGGCGGGGUGGUUGGGUCAAGGUGGUCGUCUUGGCCUUUUGUGGUGCUGCUGCCGUUGCCGCUGGUGGUGCGGCAGUAGUCGCCUAUGGCCUUCUCGAACCGGUCGAUGCUUUCAUCGAGCUGAGACUGGAGAGUGCGGACGGCCGAGUAGACGAGCGGCGACAUGGCCGCAAAGUUGAGACCCAUGUAGUUGGACACGAAGUUGAACGCAUGCCAGGCAGACGGCCUGUAACCAUCACACACCACAACAUGCCUCUCUCCCUCCCUCCCACCCUCUAUCCCUUUGCUGACCUGCUCAUGACGCCCAUCUCUCCCGCAGUCAGUGCUUUGCUAAGGUUGCUGGACGUCGCAUACACCGGCAUGAAGACGCUGGUCGCAGGCGCAUCAGGGGCGAACCACAGCCGCGAUGCUCCGUCCUCACUGUAGGCUGCGAGCAGGCGCUCAGACGACCGGCCGCGCGGCUCUAACAGCACUGAAUACGACGUCCUCUGCAGCGAUAUGGCCGCCGGGAAAAUGCCCGGGACGGCAAGGAGGCCUUUUCCCAGCGGAGGGCGGAAUGGGCUGCCGAAAGGUCCCGCGAGAAUGCCUUGAGUGAGAUCGUAUCGGGUGCCCUCAUAGUGGUCUCUCAGCAGCGCCAUUGCCUCUGUGCGGUUGAAGAAUCGAUGAUCAGGUCUGACGCUGAAGGGGAAAGUGUGUGGGCUGCUCUCGGGGUCGACAUUGAGUGGCGAAUGAAGGCGGGAGUAGACACGCCACAGACGGAGAGAGCUCUUCCUGUGAGCAGAUACACAUAGAGAGAGGUGUCUGCACGUGGCUCGGUGUGGAGCGUGUUUCGUGUUGUCUGUGAGUCGGACGUACAUUGGCAGAUACUGGUCCCCUGCUGAAGGGGGCAUCGUCUCUGGCUCGCCGUAUUCGGUCAGCCGAGGGCUGAACGUCACGGCAAAGUCCAGGGCCUUGCUGCUGUCCCACAGCCCAGAUGUGUCGGCCACAAUAAAGAGGUUGGGGCUGAAGAGGAACUCGCCUUUAAUCGUCGGGUCGAUCUCCCUGAUUGUGAACCAGUUCGCCACCACGGCGACUUGGUCAUCAGGCACCCGUUUUGCCACCCACACAGCGCCCCCAUUCGCCAGACCUGAGGACAGCACAUCAUCACGCGCAUGCAUGCAUGUGGCCGGCCUCCUGUGCGCAUGAAUGGACACCUGCGGUGAUGUGCAUGAUCCAAGCCUCUUGAGUGUCGAUGACGCCCAGCACUCCGCCGCCAUUCGCCGUGCUGCCGCUGCCGUCGUCCCCAUAGAAGCCAAAGAUCUCCGCUAUGCCGCCCAUCGUCUGCACCGCACACCUGGCCGUCACACAGCGCUCCAGGGCGAUGUGGGUCAGCUCCGCCAAGUCGAACAAUGACGUGCUCUUGGCAGCAUCUGCCGACUUGGCAGUGAGGAUGGCCGCUGCCGGCGACUGACCGAUGGCCAGACCAUAUUCGUUCAUGAGGCCGUAUCGAGCGUCCAAGUAGCCGUGGGUGGCCUGUGUCUGCGGGAUGGUGCCCAGCACCUUCGACUUGCCGUCGCCGUUUGCCGGUCUGUAGGCGUCGCCCCUGUCCUCGCAGCUGUAUCGCGGGAACAUGCCUCGCCUCGCCAUCUUGAGCACCGACCGGUCCUUCCCCCUCUCAUGGUGCUGACCAUACACACAGAAAGAAAGAGAUGGACCAUGGCCUGGCACGCAAUGUACUCCCUCCGCUGUCUGUUGUUACCCACCAUCGGAGGCACUUUGACGAGACGAAAGUCGCAUGCCGCACAGUCGAUGGCGUUUGCAAUCAUGGGAUGGCCGUUUGCUGUAGUGUUGCUGCCGAAUACGAUAAGCGUACCGCUGUCCAUGACCCCGACCGGUGCGUCCGCCAAUGGCACCGUCGCAUUUGCCGACGGCUGGGCAUACAAAGCAAACUCGGCCAGCACAUCCAGAUCAAGAUACACAUCGGCGUGGCUGGCGCCAGCAGCAACAAGAGCAGCAGCAGCAGCAGCAGCAAGUGAAACAAUGAAUGAAGCGAUCACAGAAACUCCCAUCUCCCGCUGAUGACUCGGAGGGCGGGGUCACAGGACCCGUAACUACCCACUUGGUUGGUUGGUUAUUGUGUUUAACGAGACUCUGCCGGCCGUGAUCAGCAGC